CUACCUUUGAUUGUCAACAAUGCUAAUGUCUAGAGUAUAUGGACCGAAUUGCACAACUUAAAACUUAUUGGACCUAUUAGUAAUUAUGGAUUUAUUAAGUCUGGCAAAAAGUUAGUUAAAUAGGGAGUGGACUCUCUCAUUUUCAUAGACAUACCUCUCGCCUCUUGUUUUCCAGAUCGGAAAAGAAGAAAAAAAAAACAGAGACAAAAUGGCAGGAGCAUUUUCAUACGAAUCAUACAAUCAUUCCUCCGCCGCCGUCGCGCCAGCCACCGCCAUGGCGGCCCACUCGUCCUCAUCGCGGGGCUCCAGGAAGGCGGCUCUAAUCCUCCGGCUGCUGACGUUAGCCUGCCUAUUGAUAUCCCUGGUGAUCCUAACCACCAACACCGCCACGCUUCAAGUCAUCACCAACUUCUCCGCCGCCGGACCGACCCUCACCGGCAUCACCGUCCACUUCAAGGACAUCUACACUUACCGAUAUAUGCUGGGGGCGACGGUGGUGGGGAUGGCGUACACGAUGCUGCAAAUCGGCUUCGCGCUUUGUUCUAUCGCCACAGGGAGGGACGGAAGUCUCACCUUUGACUUCUACGGCGAUAAGGUGAUUUCGUACAUACUGGCGACGGGUUCGGCGGCGGCGUUCGGCGCGACGAGGGAUAUGAAGCCGUUGUUCGCCGGAGUUGGGAACGUUGACAAGUUUUUCAACAAGGGUUACGCUUCGGCGAGUCUGCUCCUCCUCGGUUUCGUCUGCACCGCGAUAUUAUCCGUGAUGUCCUCUUACGCCUUGCCCAAGAGAUAUUGAGAUAAUUAAUUUCUUAAUUAGUCAAUUGCAUACCUGUAACGCGAGUGGAGUAAACUAUCUAUUUGUUUUUAUUUGAUUAAACAGUUGUUAUGGGGUUGAUUAAUGUAUACUGUAACAUAAUUAAUUGUUGUGUGGUUUCCAAGGGAUGGUAUAUGGAUUUGUGUAAAUGAGAUUUCGGGGGUCACGCGUUUGUGUGUAUUACUAUAUUGGUGCAAGUAGUUAGUGGUUUUUCUAUGGAGAAAUUGGCAACGAGGAUGAGGUGUUUGGAUUUCUUUGUUUUCUUUUUGGGUCCGAGGAGAAUGGGACGACUUUGGGAGUGGGAAUUGACAAUUGACGAGCAUUAUUCCUUCGUUAACUCGGCGUAAUUAUUGACUUUGAAAUAAGAUUCAUAACUAAAAAUGACAAAAUCAAUUUAAUUAAUCCGAUUUGCUUAUUUCUAUCUGUUGUUGGCGUGAAUAUUCUGUUAUAACGUAGAAUACUUUCGUGUGUAUUACAAGCAUCCAUCCAACAUCAAUAAUUAACUCCCCACCCUAAAGUGAUAGUGCAAAAAAAUAAACGACGGAAGGUAGGAUCAGCUCUAUCCUCAUGAAACAAAAAUUAAACAUCUAA